UAUCGCACUAACUUCAGGCUGAAAUGUCAAAAAUGUUAUACGCACUUUGUUUAUAAUCCGACAAUUACGAAACUAUUGACUGUAUUGUGUAUGGUUUUUAUUAUGGCUACUAUGAUGGACGCUCACAAAAUGUGUAUCGAAGCCGCAUCGGAACCGGAGGCAAUUGCUGGCCCAUCAAAUCAACCAUCAUCGUCAUCCUCAACCGGUGACCAAAAGCCAAAAAUUUUCAAGUUGAACGGCGAUUGUUUCGGUGAAAUUUUUGAAUAUUUGCAACUCAUCGAUUUGUAUCGAUUUGGUCAAACGUGCAAAAAAAUGCAACAAGUCGCCGGCGCAUAUUUCAGACAAAAUUAUGCGACAACUGCAUUUUCUGCUUCUUUAAUGAAGGGAUUCAAUCGAUUUAAGACACAAUUGUCCAUAAAAAGAACAGUUGGUGACAUUCAAACAUGUUCACAUGAAUUUGAAUCAAUCAAUUACAUUUGUUUGGACAACAUACAAAUAGGGAAAGACGAAGUAAACUGUUUGAAGAAUCUACUGUCAAAAGUCGUCACAUUGGAAGUGAUUGAUUGCAUCAUGGAAGAUGAUUUUCAUAACCUAUUGAUGUAUUGUACAAACUUAAAGCGACUUCUCAUCAAAAAUUCGGUUUUGGGAGCUGAAUACGGUCUUAAUUAUGUACCGGACAACGAUGGAUAUGACAGUGAGAAAUACGACUCUGAUGCGGAGUUCGUACCUAAGAAUAAAUAUUUGUGGCUGCUUCAAAAUUAUCCAGGUCUCGAGUAUCUAUAUUUAAUGAACGAUCUGAAUGAUUAUCCAGAAUUGAAUAGGUUCAAUGGAUUUUUUGACCGACACCCAAACAUUCGCACACUUUCAACCGAUUACCGAUUCAUAUGUGAAAAUCGUACUGAACUGUUAAACUCUUGUGCAACAAUUGAUACAUUGAAAUUGAAGGUGGCCAUUGACAAGAGCCACUUGAAUUUACACUGGGACGCGAUCGAGAAACUUUACGCACGAGGUUUUUUCAAGCGAUUGCAUUUGAGCGUUAAAGGUGUCAAUCAAGGUCUGAUUGAUAAAAUUGCAACAUGGCAAUUUGUUGAAAAAUUAACUAUCUCCUAUUUGCGCAAUUUGAAAUCCAUCAAAUGGUGUCCAUUACCAAGUAUCACUGAACUGGUCACUGUUGGUUCACGUUCAGUGUCCCCUUUUCUUCUUCAUAUCGAAAGCAAAUUUUCUACGAAAUUUGAAAUAUUUCCAAAUAUUUUUGAGAAUAUCGAACGGCUUUACCUUGAAUAUGUAACAACUAAGGAUAUUCUACCGUUUAUUCGUCAAUCGCGAAAAUUGAAUAAAAUGAAACUACAUUUGAUACGAAAUCCAAAUCUCCAACAAAAUGCGCCUGCACCAAAGUUUGGCAGAAAUAAUAGAGUCAAAGUUGAAAAUAGACCUAAACCAAUAGUUCUUAAUUUACAACAACUGAACAACGAACGUAAACAAUUGGCCGGAGCACGAAAAGUGAUCAUUUAUGUGAAUGAUUAUAUCUUCCUGGCAACAAAAUGGGCAACUCACAAUGGUGACACUGAUUUGAGCUUGAUCGAGGUUAGACGAACUGAGUCAUACGAAUGGAAUCGUUAACGCAAUUGAUGUGUUGUUGACAUUUGCUUGUAUUACUUUCUUUAUUUCUUUAUAAAUUAUCACUUCUAAGGUUUACUUUCAUAAAAAAAAUAUCUUUGAAUCUAUAAUCUAAUCAUUCCUUUCGACUCAAAAAACAUUAUUAAAACUAAAUUAACAUUACAAACUAACUGUUUUUAAGAAUUCAAUAAAAUGUCUUCAUUUAUAGAAAAAUUA